AUGGCAUCAAAUAGACAAAUACAACCAAUACAAUCUCGACGUGAUUCUACAGAAUCUACAUCAUCGUUGUGGGAAAAAGUUUAUCAACAAUUUCCGUCAAAAAAGCAAAAUGCUCCAUUUGCUGAUGAUGAAAAUAAUGAUUCACUUGAUGAUAAUCCAACAAUUGAUGACAAUGAUGAAUAUGAAAGUGAAUCUGGUACAUCACUACCUAUUCAGAUAAGCCCACCUGAUCUUGACAUAAGUAAAUCGUUUCAACCAUGGCAAACACCAACAAAACAAGAUUAUUUAAUAAUUAUUAUAAAUAAUGAAGAAAAUACUAAAAACGUUAAGCAAAUUAUAAAAAACGAUUUUUCACAACAAGGUUUGCGGUGGACAAAUACAGAAGAACAAUUACAUCCAUGGUAUUUUGGAUUAACAUCAAUACAUAUUCACUUUACUAAAUCACAAAGCAUUGAUAUUCCGAGACUUUCUUUCUCUUCAUCCAAGCCUUUUUGGAUGACGUUAAAAAAAGAAAAACAACAAGAUAAGUUAAGUAAUAAUAUGUCAAAGAAACCAAUCUACCAUAGACUACAAUCAGAUUUUGCUGUUUCGCUUUGUUAUGGUGCACUUAUUGAUUUAAAUCAGUUUUUCUAUUCAAAAGAUCAUUCAUGGGAAAAUGAUCCAUGCUCAAAAUGGUCUAUUUCUUUAAAUGAUCAAUAUAGUGGUAGUGGUUCUAUCGAAUGGAUUAUAGAAGAUAAUGAAAAAAGACAAAAGAAACAGUUAUUAAUUUCUAAUAUUAAUCAUUCAAUUAUUGUUGUUUCACGUGAAGAAGGUUUUGAUAUAUAUAUUUGUCAAAAAUGUAAUAU